AUGUCCAACCAAACCGCCAUGACCGAAUUCCUUCUCCUGGGAUUCUCUGAUGUUCGGGAGCUGCAGAUUUUAUACUUUGUGGUGUUUCUAGUGCUUUACCUCGCAUCCCUACUGGGGAACCUUCUCAUCAUCACAGCCAUAGCCCUCAAACACCAACUUCACCCCCCCAUGUACUUCUUCCUGAUGAAUCUGUCCAUCCUAGACCUCGGAUCCAUCUCUGUCACCAUCCCCAAAUCCAUGGCCAACUCCCUCAUGAACACAAGAUUGAUUUCUUACUCUGGAUGUGUUGCCCAAGUCUUUCUUGUCUUCUUCUUCGCUUCAGCAGAUUUUGCCAUACUGACCAUCAUGGCGUAUGACCGAUAUGUCGCCAUCUGCCAACCACUGCGCUAUGAGACAGUGAUGAACAGGAGAGCUUGUAUCCAAAUGGCAGCCAGGGCCUGGAUCAGUGUUAUUCUCUACUCUGCAGUGCACACUGGAAACACAUUUGCAAUAUCUUUCUGUGGAGGCAACAUGGUGGAUCAAUUCUUCUGUGAAGUCCCCCAGCUUCUCAAGCUUGCUUGCUCUAACUCAGACCUCAGUGAAGUUGGGUUUCUCAUCUUUAGUGUGUGCUUAGCCUCAAGCUGCUUUAUUUUCAUAAUUGUGUCAUAUAUUCAGAUCUUCACCACAGUGUUGAGAAUCCCCUCUGAGCAGGGCCGGCAUAAAGCCUUCUCCACCUGCCUCCCUCACCUCAUUGUGGUCUCCUUGUUUAUUUGCACUGGGACCUUUGCCUACUUGAAACCCACCUCCAGCUCAACCUCAGGUCUGGAUCUCAUGGUGGCUGUUCUCUAUUCUGUGUUGCCACCAAUGACGAAUCCGAUCAUCUACAGCAUAAGAAACAAAGAGCUCAAAGGUGCACUGAGUAAACUGGUAGGUUGGAGGUCUCUAAGAAUAAAAUGUCCAUAUUUCUCCGUCAGUAACAAUUUCAUUCUGUGUUUCUUUAUAUAAUCAGCUGAUGACAUUAUUGCCUCCCUGAGAAAAUACUGUUCAAUCUGUUUAUGCAGAAUUGGGUAUUUACACUAGGAAAAAUCCAGACAAACAUGACUCAAGAAAAAAGUAGUUAUUACAGUUUUACACCAAUGUAAAUAAGAUCGGAAUCUAUCUUCAUAUACUGCUAUCCACCACCAUACUAUCUGAGCACCUUACCCAUAAAAUCAGUAGCCAUAGCAAAGUACAUAGUGAGGUCUCAGGCUUUUCUUAUUUUGGGGGGAUAAUCUCUGAUUGAGGUAUCAAUCCAAUUGUUCUUUGUGUUUUUUGUUUACUUGUUUGUCAGAUUUUUUUUUUUGUUGCUUAACUUGUUGGCUGGUUUGGUUUGUUUCUUUGGAGGUGGGAAAGCCUGGGGAGGUGGUGAGUGUUUGGUUACACAGGAUUUUCGAUAUUUGCUCUCUCUUGGAAGUGCCAUAAUGUCAUCUCUCUGAUGGGGUUUUCUUAGCGAGAUGAAGAUUUGCUCCCCACAGUGACAACCUCAUUAAUCAUAAUGAUCGAUUUUUAUUUGAUUGUGAAUUAUGUUAACUAGCUAGCUAGAUAAUGAAUAAUCUAUGGAGAUUAUUGUGCAAAUUAUUGUGCUUCUUUUCCUGUUAAUGGCUGUCUAUGUCCAGAACAUGAUUUUC